AUGUCCUCCGUGUUCGGGAAGCCGCGCGCGGGCAGCGGGCAGCAGAGCGCGCCCCUCGAGGUCAACCUGGCCAUCCUGGGGCGCCGCGGCGUGGGCAAGUCCGCCCUGACCGUGAAGUUUCUGACCAGAAGGUUUAUCAGUGAAUAUGACCCCAACUUGGAGGACACCUACAGCUCGGAGGAGACUGUGGACCAGCAGCCUGUGCACCUGAGGGUCAUGGACACCGCAGACCUGGACACCCCCAGGAACUGCGAGCGCUACCUGAACUGGGCCCACGCCUUCCUGGUGGUGUACAGCGUGGACAGCCGCCAGAGCUUCGAGGGCAGCGGCCGCUACCUGGAGCUGCUGGCGCUGCACGCCAAGGAGACGCAGCGCAGCCCCCCGGCCCUGCUGCUGGGCAACAAGCUGGACAUGGCCCAGUACAGGCAGGUCGCCGCGGCAGAGGGCGCGGCCUUGGCGGGCAGGUUUGGGUGCCUGUUUUUCGAGGUCUCGGCCUGCCUGGACUUCGAGCACGUGCAGCACGUCUUCCACGAGGCAGUGCGGGAGGCGCGGCGGGAGCUGGAGAAGAACUCGCCGGCCCCGCCCCUCUUCCUCUCCGAGGAGAGGCCGCUGCCCCGCCAGGCCCCGCUCACCGCCCGGCACGGGCUGGCCAGCUGCACCUUCAACACGCUCUCCACCGCCAGCCUGAAGGAGAUGCCCGCCGUGGCCCAGGCCAAGCUGGUCACGGUGAAGUCCUCCCGGGCCCAGAGCAAGCGCAAGGCUCCCACCCUGACCCUGCUGAAGGGCUUCAAGAUCUUCUGA